AGUAGGAAUGUGGCGGGCAGUAUGGUAGUGCCGUGGCGAGGGACGUGACACCAUGUACCAGUAACCAUUCCACCGCACAGUAUGGCCUCGGUCGCCGCUUGGUUGCCCUUUGCGCGGGCGGCGGCCAUCGGUUGGGUGCCCAUCGCCACUCACCCACUUCCUCCGCCUCCCAUACCCAAAGACAGGCGGAAAGCCGACGACGAGAAACUCCUCAUAAACGUUUCCGGCCGUCGGUUCGAGACCUGGCGCAAUACCCUCGAGAAGUACCCCGACACGCUCUUGGGCUCCAACGAACGCGAGUUCUUCUUCGACGAGGAAUGCAAAGAGUACUUCUUCGAUCGGGACCCGGACAUUUUCCGACACAUUCUCAAUUAUUAUCGUACGGGAAAAUUGCAUUACCCCAAACACGAAUGUCUCACGAGUUACGACGAGGAGCUGGCGUUCUUCGGUAUCCUGCCGGACGUGAUCGGGGACUGCUGCUACGAGGACUACAGGGACCGCAAGAGGGAGAACGCCGAGCGACUGAUGGACGACAAGCUGUCGGAGAACGGCGACCAGAACCUCCCCCAACUGACCAACAUCAGGCAGAAGAUGUGGCGAGCCUUCGAGAACCCGCACACCUCGACUGCGGCCCUGGUGUUCUACUACGUGACGGGCUUCUUCAUCGCGGUGUCAGUGAUGGCCAACGUGGUAGAGACGGUGCCGUGCGGCCACAGGCCCGGACGUGCGGGUACUCUGCCGUGUGGCGAGCGAUAUAAGAUAGUGUUCUUCUGUCUGGACACGGCUUGUGUGAUGAUCUUUACCGCGGAAUACCUGCUGCGACUGUUCGCGGCCCCUGACAGGUGCAAGUUCGUGCGGAGUGUCAUGAGUAUCAUCGACGUGGUCGCCAUCCUUCCCUACUACAUCGGCCUCGGCAUCACGGACAACGACGACGUCUCCGGCGCUUUCGUCACUCUCAGAGUGUUCCGCGUCUUUCGUAUUUUCAAGUUUUCACGGCACUCACAAGGACUGCGUAUUCUAGGUUAUACUCUUAAAUCCUGUGCUUCUGAACUCGGGUUUCUCGUCUUCUCUCUUGCGAUGGCUAUAAUUAUAUUUGCAACAGUUAUGUUUUAUGCGGAGAAAAAUGUGGACGGUACCAACUUCACUUCCAUUCCUGCUGCUUUCUGGUAUACCAUCGUGACGAUGACGACGUUAGGGUACGGGGACAUGGUGCCAGAGACGAUUGCAGGCAAAAUCGUGGGUGGUGUGUGUUCGCUUAGUGGCGUGUUGGUAAUAGCGCUUCCGGUGCCCGUUAUAGUGUCCAACUUUAGUAGGAUAUACCACCAAAACCAAAGAGCGGACAAGAGGAAAGCUCAAAGGAAAGCCCGGCUUGCGAGGAUCCGUAUAGCCAAGGCUUCGUCGGGCGCUGCGUUCGUCAGCAAGAAAAAGGCCGCGGAGGCACGGUUGGCCGCCCAGGAGUCGGGACUGGAGAUGGACGAAAGCUACAGAGAAGAGGACAUCUUCGAGCUUCAGCACCAUCAUCUGCUUCGAUGUCUGGAGAAGACGACAGACAGAGAGUUCGUGGAGUUGGAAGUGCCGUACAACGGACAGCCCAAGAGGCCGGGAUCGCCCAGCCCCCUGAUCAGCCCAACGCACUCGGCAGGCAGUCGCACGGGACUUCUGCACAGCUGUUGCGGCCGCUGCUGUGGCCAGCGUUAUCAGAAACACCACCACCACCAGAGCAGUGAGGGAGGGCACGAGGAGGAACUGAACGAUAUCCAGAUCAGGCUACAGUUCAGCAGUAGCCGAGCCGGGGGCAGUGGGGGCGGUGGUGUGGGGAGUGGUGGAGGCAGUAUCAGCAGAGACAACAUCGCACUGCCCAGACCCACUGCAGGCCAUAAGACACCCAGUGGACCUCUGACAGGAUCUCUGGUCUCCAUCAGCAAAGCCAACUCCACCACGUCCUCCAACAUGACUGCAUCUGUCGUUGUGAACCUUCCGACCUCGUACCCCAACUCUGACAUUGAUUACGCUUCCCCAGCCUCUCCUUCACCUUCCUCUCCUGUCGCUUCCUCCGAUCAACAGCCCGAAGUAAGAAUAUCAUUUUUAUAAUCGUUUGUCGUUUUGUUUGUCGGUUUUAUUAAAGUUACGUUUAUAUUAUUACCUUGGUAACCGGUUUUUCAUCAAAAGGUGCUUUCUGUAUUUAUUUCUCAUCGUGUUUGGCUGUAACACUACAGAUGAAGUGGCUGUACAUUCCAUGGUAGUGUUAGUGCAUCUCAUUCAUCGGUUGAACCUUUUUGUAUCUUUUCUAGAAUGUUAGUAGUGGCUAUACUGUAUCUAUUUUAGUAAUGUCUUCUUGUUCGUAUAAGUCAAAAGCCUGUUGUAAAGAUAAAAAUAUGGGAAAGCCCAAUUCUACAAUAAACAAUUCUCAAACUCUACAAUAUUUUCAUUAUAAGCAGGGAAAUUUCAAUUUAGCUGGAGAUAUUUUUGUAAUAUUUUCUCUUUAUUCAUCUGGUGUUAAAUAUGUAUAAAUUAUUUCCCCCAAAAAACACUGUUAUUAUAAAUAAUAUCCUCUUGAACUAAGUUAUAGAAUAUGAACUCCCGGAUAAAAUUAAUACAGCACUUUAGGUUUUCUUGUAAGAGUUUUUAAUUAUAAUUUUAUAUACAUGAUAUUCGCAUUCCAAAAUAUUUGUCUUAUAUAUCAAUGUGUCAAUUUAAAAUUGAAAACAUUAGUUAUAGAUCGUUAAAUUAACAUAAUUUUACAUAAGUUAAAAAAAUACUAAUUCAAUGUAUUAUAUGAAUUCUGUCCGGGAAUACAAAUCAAUAUUGAUUGUCAACACACUAUUAAUAAUAUUGUAAUAUUUUUGAAAUAGUAUUAAGUUUAGUAAUAAAGAUUGAUUCAGUAAAACCUGACCUACAACAAUCACUAUUUUAUUGCAUAGGAGUAAAAGUAAACUUUAUGCCAAUAACUCCAAACCAAUGUGACCAAAGGUAUUGUUUUAUUAUCAGACAUUGUAAUACAUUACUUUGUUUUCAAAGCCAUUAUAUUUGUAUCACAUUACACAUAACUUACACAUAUCUUACAAAAAUUUAACUUUCAUGUGGUUAAAAACAAUAAAUUUUAUUUUUGCCUGCCAUUUCUAGUUACCACACAAACACGUACUGAUUUUCAGUUGAUAACGAAGUAAAGAAUAUAUUAAAUAGAUUCAAUCUUUAAACUAUGGUAUAUUGUUUGUUAUUUAUUCUGUAAGAUAAAAUAAAAUAUUGGACUAAAACUAAUUGGUCAUUCGGUAAUGUUUUAUUUGUAUCAUCAUUUAAAAAUGACACUUUUCUAUCAUAGACUAAUAAUGUUUUUGUAUUUUAUCAGAUAAGUCACCAUCAUCCACAAAUUUUUAUUACUCAAAUUAAACAUUUUUGACUCUCAGACAAUCAUUUUGAAAUAUUUUCAGAGCUUGUUUAAAUAAAUAAGAAUCAAAGUUCUAUAAAUCUGCUAAACUAAAUGUGACAAAGCAUUUAAAUUAUAUUAAGAAAAUGGUAUUUCAAAAAAAGAAAUGUUGUUCUGUGGUGUAUUAAAUAGAAAGUAGUUAACUAUACAAUUAUUCAGCAAUCAAUGGUAUUUAUUUUAGAGAUCAGUAACAUUCUUAUUGUAACACGUCCUUUAAGAUGUACGUGGGUAGCCAGCCUGUGCCAUAGAUUUAUUUUUAAUAACGGUAAUGUUUAUGUUCUUUAACAUCACUUAGCUUGAACAUUUUUAAUGUUUUUACAUAUAGAUGCUUUUUUAUUACACCUUAGCUAUAAUACCUUAAUUACCGACAAUAUAAAAAUAUAGCACAGACUUAUCGGGGUGUAAAAGAAAAAGUAUCAAUUAAAAGAUAAAAACACAGGAGAUAUAUGAAUACAACCCUAUAUAUUUUAUGAGUGUCUACCAAAAUUUUGAUCACCUUAAUGUAAAGCUGUUAUCAGAAAACACAAAUUCACCAAGUAUUUGGGUAUACACAGUCAAAUAUGAAACAGAGUAACUUUUGGCCAAUUUGUCUAAAGAAUGUUAUGGUUGGACAAAAUUAACGGCAAAGUUUGGCUCAGGAGAUCAUAAAACACAGGGUUGUAUUCUGGAUUUUUAAAUUAUUUAUUUGCCAUUAACUGUAUGUCUGUGUAAAAGUUUGGUUUCUAUUUUCCAUACUGAUGGCAAAUUUCAUGUUUAUAGUUUUCAGAACUUAACAUUUAAGUAGUGAAUACAGCAGUUUCCACAGAACUCUCAAAAUAAUUUUCUGAUUUGUUGAAUAUCAGCUAAUUUGAACUUUCCCGGGCAAAUAUUAUAAGUUUUAUUUACUAAACAUAGAUUAGGUCAAUAAAAAUGAAUUCUAAAAACUGAGUGAUAACUUUUGUGUUGGACAGAGACUAUAUGUAAUAAGUGAUAAGAGUAAAAUAAGAUUUAUGUGUUUUUAACUUUUAACUUAAUUUUAUCACAAUGGGCACUAUACACAAUCAUACAAUCUCUGUAAUUUCCAUGGUCAAGUAUAGAUUUUGGGUAUGUUUUCUUCUUUUCGGAGUUCAUUUAAAACAGUAAUUUAUAUAUUUAAUCUUCUUCUGUUAAUUAUAUGCGAGGAAGGGAUAAACUUAAUAAAAUACUUAAGCAGGUGAUUACUUUUUCACAAAAGUUGUUUUCAUCCAAGGUGAGUUUUGAUAAAUAACUAUUGUUAAAAAUUUUAAUAAGAUCUAAGAAAUUAUGAGUAAUAAAUUGGAAUAAAUAAUAAAAAUGUUUAUAGUUUAACAUGACCACAAAAGUAUCCAACACUUAAAAAUAAAUUUUUGUUAUAAAGUGACAUGUCUUGAAAUACGUAAAUUGUUUUCAAUGUUCAAAUUUGAAAACUUAAACCAAUAUAGGAAUGAGUUAAAAAGAACAAGAAAAGCAAUUCAGAAUUGAGCAAAGAAUUAGCAGUACAGGAAUGAGUUAUCAGGAAUUUAUAGGAGCCAUUGGUUCAUCUUGGGGGCAGCAAAGAACAAAGAAUACAGAUAGGUUUAUAAUGACUAUAGGAAAAUCAUCGGUUUCAUCUGGUGGACAGUAAAAAAUAUCCAGUACAGGAAUGAGUUGAAAAGGGCUCGUAGAAGAGUCAUAAUUUUCAGUUUUAGAAAACAGUUAAGAAUUAACAGUACAAAAAUGAGUUGACUAGAACUUAUAAGAGAGCCAUUGGCUUCAUCUGGUAAGCAUUCACUAAUACAGGAAUGAGAUGACAAGGCGUACACAGUUUCUUCUCGUGGCCAGUGAAGAAUACUAGUACAGGAAUGAGUUGUCAAUAUCUAUUUUUUACCGUCUAGUUGGCAGUAAAUACUUAUAGAUUACCUUUGGGUAAUGCCAUGACACAUUCAGUGAUGCAACUUAUCCCAAUUUUGUUUGAGAAGAUCCUAGGAUUGGCCUGUGCUGAGAAAUAAAAUAAAUUUGUAAAGAACUCAGACUACCGUUGUUCUUUUAAAACAAAUAUUGAGGAGGUUAACUUGUUUGGUACAGAAUACAAGUUGAAAUUUAUAAAAAUAUGUUCCUUUAAAUUAUGCUAAGAACCUGCUUGAGGACUCUGGAACAAGUGAAAUCCAGCAGUUAUCCCAAUCUAAUUCUUCUCUACAUUAGAGAUCCAAACUUGAUUGGACAUUUGAUUUAAAAUGCUCAAAUGAAGCAGAGUGCCACAAUAACAUUGGGUUCUAAAAAUUUCUUGAAUUUUAAAAGUUGUGCAAUGCCUUUGUAACACAGUGUAAUACAACUCUUGUGCCGCUUCAUGUGUUCUGUAUGGAUUGUAUUAUGGUAUACAAAAUUUCAUCAGGAUUUUUUUGUACUUAUGUUUAAUAAUCAUUGUGAAAUAAUCAAAAUAGGAUAUAUAUAAGAGGAAGAUAAAUGUCUGACAAUGUGAAAUAAUACUUGCGGUCAGCUAUUCUGAGUUUUGCUGUUCUUUCCAGGGCAAACGAUUCUCAGAAUGGAAUAAGCCCUUUACAAUUUUGUCAAAAAGAGGAUUGUAAAAUUCUCUUCUUGUUUCAACAAGAGUUAUUUAAAACUGAAAAUAUUUUAUUUUUAAAUUGGACACAAAAUAAAAAUGUGUUACAUUGAUGAAUUCAAACCACAUUUAAUUUCAACAAUGUAAUACAUUGUACCUCAUGUUUUGCCUGCUGAAAUACGAUACAUAACUUUAUCUAUUUGUGUAAAUAUUGUGGAUUACUGGCAUUCUGAUAUUUGAGGAUAGCAGUUCAUUUGUAAUGAUCUCAUUUUUGGCCAUAAGACAGAUUGGCUGACAGCUAAUUAAGAACAAAUAUAAAAUAUACAACACCUCACUUCAAAUUGGAAAGAUGUUUUACUCUUUGGUGUUUUUCACAAAAUGGUCUGGAAUAAAUAGUUAAGCUGCCACAGCCUCUUGUGUAUCCAGUAGAUUUGAUUUUUGGCUGGAUUAUACCUGUUUAGUAAAAUCUGAAAUGGGUGUAGGAUACACCGAUACUGAUGGAAUUCAAGGAGCAAUUAGCACACCUCAGACCGAAAAUGGCCAAUUGGGAAAGGAGAUAAUGAAUUGACUACCCUAGUCCACUGCACAAGUUGGCAGCUGCAGUAUGUAAGGCUUCCUCAUUACCAGAUGCUAUUUGCAGGUAUAAACCUGAGGGAAGUGGUAAUGCCUGCUCGAUUAUUAGACGCUGCAGCAGCACUAGUCUCCCAUUUUUCAUCGUUGGCUAAUUCGGAGGCUGAGCCUUCAUUAUAGAUUGUUCUAUCUUCUCUUACUAUAAAAAAGGAAAAGUUUUCUACAAGCACUAGCAUUUCAAAACAAUUUAAAGAAUUAUAUAAGGAGUAACUUACCCAGACCCCAAACUUUAGUUCCUAAGAGCCACCGUUUGUGCCCAUAACUGUUACUACACAAUUGUGUUCAAUUCAUAAACAGAUAACACGCUUUAAGAGAAGUGUUAAAAGAAACAAUUAACUGUUUGUAUGACUCCUCUAUUUUAUAACUGUGUACAUUUCUUGUGAACUACAUUUGUCAGGGACAAUUUUAUUAUAACUUUUAACUCAUUUACAUAAACAAAUUAUAAAGUAGUUGUUAAAACUCAUUUGGAAAAGCAAGGGAUUGAGGUCAACAUCCCAUAAAAAUUAUGUCUUUAUUAAUAAUAUUCUUGCUUGAUCUCGAGCUUUGUUGGAAAUAUGUCAGUGGUCAGGAGACAGCUCACCUUGUAUGUAUUAUAACUUUAUUGUUCUCAUUUGUACGGUUAACAUCAAACUUUUAUGCAAUGUUUUGUGUUAAACUUAAGAACUGCGACAGUGCAGCAGACUUAAUCUUCCUUGUCUUCCACAGGUCAAUAUGUAUUUCUUUGCACUUUAGAGUUGUAUAGUAACAUGUUUUUCAUAAUAUUAUUGUUAUGUUUUGUUGGUAUCUUCACCGAAACAAACCUAGAUAUUCAGUUACCAUACUCAAAUGUUAAGGUCUGUCUAAAAAACUACUUUAAGACAAAUCUGUACUUUCCUGAUGAAAUACUUAGAAAGUACGUAGCCUCUCUUAAAAAUUUCAUCAAACAUUUUAUUUAGUAAUUAAACUUAGUGUUUUAAACUGGGUUAUGUAAAUUCAGAUAUUUUAUGUGCUAACUGUUUACCCAAAUACAAUAAUUUUAUGGACAGUUGAAAAUGGAGUUAUAUUUUAUGUAUUGACAGAUUGUUUGACCAUUUUUAUAAUGUCGGACAAGAGGUCAAUCACACAAGAGUACGUUUAUUUGUUCUGUUAGAGAAAAGGACAUUCAACCUGUAAUGUAAGCACUCUUCACUUAAUUAAAAAAGUAAUAGAAGUAUUUCUUUAAAAAACUAGUAUUUUGGUAUUUUAACAUUUUUAGUAUUUUGUAAAUAAUGAAUAUAGAUUGUUUUGAGAGCAUAGCAAAAUGUUGUCUUUACAUUCAUAUUAACUGAGUGUGAAGUUUUUAUUUAUCUUGUUCAUCUACUGUAAAACAUACGCAUGAAUUAUUACCACAAUCUGAUCUAUCUAUUAGGCACAAGUGCCAGUGCAUAGUGGAAUUAUUUGAAGUUUUAGCAAAAUAUAAAUACCAUUCUGAAAUAUUACGUCAUCUACAUUAUAUACAGUCUUCUUUUCCAUGAUAAGACAGGAUCGAGUAAAUCGUAGCACUGUACAAGCAAUGACUAAUAUUAUUUUAUUAAUUUUUCAGCCCAGUUGGCUAAGACAUAUUUUUCACAGUUCAGUUGGCUAUAUUUUUAUAUUUCAACGAAAAAGAUAAAUGAAUGAACUAUUGUUAAUACUGACAUUCAUAAAUGCUGUAUAUCUCGCUAUUUUAGUAUUUGUAUGUUGUUUGUUAUCUGAAAAUAAUACAUUGUUAUUUGGCACCAAAUCAAAAACUUUGACCCUGGAGUUGAGAAGUUUGUAGUUUUGUUAAAAUAUGAUUUAAUGCUCCAAACCCGGAAGCAGGCACAAAAUAAUCAAUGAUUGUUCAAAACAUUCACCUGUAAUCAUGAACAUUAUAUUUAAAUUUAUUUCAGAAACUUCAACUUAUUAUAAAGAUCAUAUGUUCCAGAAAAAUGACCUUCAAUACAUGUUUGUGAGUGUGUUUGUAAUUACAUCCACAGUCACAUAUGUAAAUGUAGUUUCUUAUAGUAUGUUCUUGUAAUGAGGGUAUUGGAGACAGUUGUUUAUUUUUAACUAUUUUAGAUAAAACAUGUGAUGUGAAACAGUAAAAUGCAUUAUAGUCAUGAUAAAGUUAUUGAUCAGUAGUUUAUGAGUAGAUAAUUCGUGUCAUUAGUGAUUAUAAGCUCAUAAUGCAAUAUCACGAAUUUGAUUCCCACAUAAUACAAUUUGUGCAUCUGGUAGGAACUUAUGAAUACUUCUAUAAUUCUGACACUUGUAAAUAAGAUGAAAUGGAUAACAAAAAUCAACCGGUCAGCAAUAUGAAAAAAGAUAUUUCAGAAUCAUACCUUUGUCACAAUGUGCUUGAUGUCCAAGCACCUUUUAUUUUUUCACUCUCUUGAAAUAUAUCAAGAUACGCCUACACGUAACAUAACUUUUAUUACACAGUAGUCAUGAGAUUGAUAGACCAAAUCAGGCAACUAGUAAAUUUGUAUACUUCUACAGUUCUGAUACCUGCAAAUAAGAUGACAUGAAUGACAGAGUAACCAGACUAUAUAACAUAUGAGGUUUAUAGCCCAUAUUACAAUAUAUGUCUUAAGUUUUUAAUUAAAGCACACACUCGGUUGUGCGUUCAAAGGAUCUUAAAAUACACAUGUGCAAUUUACUUGUGUUGGAACAAGAGUGUGAAAGAAAACAUGUAACAAGAAAAUUCACAUGAUCUAAGUAAUUUGAAAGUCAUUUUCUCAAUAAUAAUUAUUUUGUUUACUUUGAUUGCAAAUAUUACAAUAAAAUGUCCUACAGUGUUUAUAACCAAAAAAAUCAUUUCCCGCAUUUUGCAUAGUUCACACUCAUUCAAACUUAAAUUUUGGGCUAUUGCAUUGAUUAGUAUGGAUGCAGCAACUUAAAACUAUUUUUGCAGAAUAACAUUGAAGCCUUAGAGCUUUAAAAGAACACAUCUGUGGGUUUAUCCUAGUAAAAACAUAAAAGUCACGUUUUGACUCCUAGAUUACACUCCUGAGAUGGUCCAUAUAUGUUUAGAAACGUAAUGCAUUAUCAGCAAAAACACUUGAGUUUCUAUUAGUAAGCAGUGAUAACUUAUCUUUUGUAAACCUUUUUUUUUCUUCAGUGUUGAGGCAGUGUUCCCUUAGGUUAUAUAGCAUAAAUUAAGCAAUAGGUCCUUAGCUUCAUACUUAACUAUCAGUUGUGAUUACUUUUUCUAAGGACAUUACAUUAAUUCAUUUGGUUAUUAAAAGGGAUCGUAAUAUUGCCUCUAAAGAUAAAAAUGUCACUUACAUUAUGAAUAAAAUAAUAACAUGUUAAAGAAAAUUAAACAACUUUAACGUUCUCUAUAUAAAAUCUUCACACCCAGCUGUCAUAUGGUCUUUCUAAUUUGAUGACUUUUAACAAUAUUCUCAAAUAUUAAAUACCCAUGACAAUUGCAUUGUUAAAACAUUUUUAUUCAAUGCUCAUAUGAUAAAAAACAAUCAAACUUAAUGUGACAGUAGCUGUAGAUGAACGAUUGAUGCCUUCCUUUAAGAGUCAAAGCAAGGAAUUCACAUAUUUAACUUCUGUACAAAUAAAGAGGUUUAAACAAUGUGCACACAGUUCUAAAAGUCACAUGUCAUUUUGGAUGCACCAUUAUACAAUCUGUAUUUAGUUUGGGUAGACAACAAAAGCUAGGUUGUUUUCAUUGAUUGCUACUGUUACGAAUUAACCUAUGAACAUUAACCAGGAUGCACGAAAAGUUUGAGCAGUGUGUUUUUCCAACACUGCUGCUAUGACUCAAUAACAUCAAUUCUUUCUUGGUACAGCCAAUCCGUUAUGGACUUUUAUUGUACAGGUUUAAAAUUUACAAUGAAAUUGACAAUCCCACCAAGUGUGAAAUACAAAGCAUGGGCUGUUUUUUUUAAAACGUUUUAGAUGGUUGAAUAUAAAAGGUUUGUGUAGUUACAAUUUAUAGUUGAAUUACUAAGGUUAAUGGUGUGAUAUAUUAAAUAAAACUGUUCAAAAAGUGUAUUGUGUUUAGUUGUGAACAAAAAAAACUAAUGUUUAUGUUGAACAUUGUCUCCCACCAACCUUAACAAAACGCACUAUUUCAAAACUUAUUUCUUCCAUCAUUACACUAUUAAAAAUCCCUGGUGACCCAUCUAUAAAUUUUGAUUAGACAAGCUUUUUCCCUUUCACAUAGUCUUUAUAAUUGAUGAGACCGCUCAUUUUAAAGCUCUAAAACUGCACAGUGAACGUCCGUAACGGAUCAAUGUUAGCCUAAGACUGAGGUACUGGUAACUUGCAUUUGCUUUCAAUGACCUAACUUUGGCAAUGGUUGGGAGAAACGUGUCAGAUAAAAAUACUCCUCACUUUCCAGAUGGUGCUCACAUUUCUUUUCUAUCAAAGUGUACAUAAGUAUAUUGCUACUACUUAGCACAAGUAAAAAUACAUCCUGAUGUUCCAUCUAAACAUAUUAUCAAUUUUUAUAAUUCCUUACCAUAUGUUUAAAGGUAAAAACUGUUUCCAAUACUUAUUACUGAAUAAACUCCCCCCUUUAUACCACAAACUAAAAUUUUUACUUUUGAUUCAAGCCAGUAACAAUCAAUUAAAUGAUUUAUAGUUAAAAAUUUGUAUAUCUAUCAUGUCAGUUUUUAUAUUUAAAGAUAAUUUAUCUGUAGAUAUUGUUAUGUAAUUGACAGACAUUAUACAGCCGACUGUUUGUACUUUUGACUCGACGAUGUGUGUUUAAAGCAGUGGUUAAAACUGUACAGUCUUUGAAAAACUUAUGGUUAUCUAUAAAUAAAGAUUCUGUGAUGAUA